AUGAAACUUCUGCUGUUCCUCACUGCCCUAGUGGCAGGCGUGCUUGGUGAAAAGACAUUUAUAGGAGAGCAAGUGCUCAGGAUCAAAGCAAGCAAUGGUGACCAAAUUGUUCAGUUGCAGGACCUGCAAUCACUGGCACACCUCCAGCUUGAUUUCUGGACCAACCCUUCGAACCCAGAAAUACCGGUGGAUGUCCGAGUUCCCUUUGAAAGUCUUCAGUCAGUGAAGAUCUAUCUGGAAUCCAACAAGAUUGAUUACUCCAUAAUGAUUGAAGACCUACAGGAGGUGAUUAAUGCCGAGAAACAGGAGAUGAUAAGCAGUGAAAGGAAGGAACGUAACUCUGGUGCCUUCAACUAUGGGGCUUACCACACAUUAGAUAAUCUGUACAGGGCUAUUGAUGCUAUCAUGCUGGAUUACAAGUCAAUUGUUAGCAAACAGCUGAUUGGACAUUCAUAUGAGGGACGUCCUCUUUAUGUUAUUAAGUUCAGCACUGGUGCCAAUCGUCCUGGCAUAUGGAUUGAUGCUGGCAUUCACUCCCGAGAAUGGGUCACCCAAGCUACUGCUCUCUGGACUGCACAUAAGCUUGCUGCUGAAUAUGGAAAGGAUGCAUUUGUAACCUCUCUGUUGAACAAUUAUGACGUAUUUCUCCUGCCCGUUACAAAUCCUGAUGGAUAUGCCUUCACCCACACAACUAACCGUAUGUGGCGUAAAACCCGCUCCAUUAGAAGUGGUAGCCGAUGUGUUGGUGUAGACCCUAACAGAAACUGGAAUGCUGGCUUUGGGGGUCCAGGAGCCAGUUCAGACCCUUGCUCUGACUCAUACUUUGGACCAAAGGCAGAGUCUGAGGUGGAAGUAAAGGCGGUUGCUGACUUUAUUAGGGGACACAGCAAUAUUAAAGGCUUCAUAAGCAUCCACAGCUACUCCCAGCUUCUGAUGUUCCCUUAUGGAUAUAAGUGUACCAAGCCUGCUGAUUUUGAAGAACUUAACGAUGUUGGCAAUGCUGCGGCAAUGGCAUUGCGCUCCUUGUAUGGCACCCAGUAUAAGGUUGGAACAAUCUGCUCCACUAUUUAUCAAGCCAGUGGUGGAAGUAUUGACUGGACCUACGACGUUGGAAUCAAAUAUUCGUUUGCCUUUGAGCUUAGAGACACAGGACGUUACGGUUUUCUGCUUCCAGCCAAUCAAAUCUUGCCAACAGCACAGGAGACCUGGUUGGGGCUGAAGAAGAUUCUUGAGCACAUAAGAGACAACCCUUAUUAA